GUCUAUUAUACUAAGAAAACAACUAAAUUGUAAUACACAAAAAGUGAACUCCCAUCACUUGUACGCGUUUGACAGUGACUGUCACUUUUGACACCUAUUUGUUGUUAUCACAGUUUUAGCAUGUUUCUAAUUUAUUAACACUAAUUAAUUUAAGUUAUUAAACAGAAAAUGAGUUUCUUUGGAUUUGGUCAAUCUGCAGAGAUUGAUAUUUAUCUCGAUGGGCAAGAGAGCAGGAAGACUGCAGAGGUGAAGAUGGAGGAUAAUAAGAAGGAGAGACUGCUAUUGUAUUAUGAUGGGGAGACUGUAUCUGGAAAAGUUAAUAUAAGUCUAAAGAAAGCUGGCUCCAAAUUAGAACACCAAGGUAUUAAAAUUGAGUUCAUUGGACAGAUUGAGUUGUUUUAUGAUAGGGGUAAUCAUCAUGAAUUUACAAGUCUUGUUAAGGAAUUGGCCAGACCAGGAGAAAUGAUUGCCAAUACUUCAUAUCCAUUUGAAUUUAGUUGUGUGGAAAAGCCUUAUGAAGUAUAUACUGGUGUUAAUGUAAAAUUGCGUUACUUCCUGAAAGUUACAGUUGUGAGGCGCUUACAAGAUAUAUACAAGGAAUUGGAUAUUGCUGUGCACACUUUAAGCAGUUACCCUGAUAUCAAUAACUCAAUCAAAAUGGAGGUUGGCAUUGAGGAUUGCCUUCACAUUGAGUUUGAGUAUAACAAAUCCAAAUACCAUUUAAAAGACGUAAUAAUUGGAAAGAUCUACUUCCUCCUGGUGAGGAUCAAAAUAAAACAUAUGGAAAUCGCGAUUAUUAAACGUGAAACUACUGGCUCCGGCCAAAAUAUAUAUCAUGAAAAUGAUACAAUUGCCAAAUAUGAAAUAAUGGAUGGCGCCCCGGUUCGCGGCGAGAGUAUACCCAUUCGCGUAUUUCUGGCUGGUUACGAACUAACGCCCACUAUGAGAGACAUUAAUAAGAAAUUCAGCGUUAAAUACUUUUUAAAUCUCGUUUUGAUGGACACAGAGGAUCGCCGAUACUUUAAGCAGCAAGAGAUCACGCUCUGGCGUAAAGGAGAGAAAACUCGAAAGGCAAAUCUUCAAAGUCCUUUAGUUGCAACCCAUUUAGUUAAUAGCGACGCAGAUAGAGCCCCGAAACCAGAGGAGGUGCCGGUGCUCGAAGAUGGGGCCGUCAAUGAAAUUUCGGAGGGCAUUCAAAAUAUGACUAGAGAACAAGGUGAUGGGGAAACGCAGAAAGCACCCCAGACACACGAAUAAAAUACAAGUUCCAAUGAAGCAAUUUACAAAAUAUUAUGUUUAAUCAAUGUUUUAUUGUAUAUUUAAUAGC